AUGUCCUUCCCCCAGCUUGGAUACCAGUACAUCCGCCCGCUCUACCCACCCGAGCGCCCGGGAGCCGCAGGCGGCAGCGGCGGCAGCGCGGGAGGCCGGAGCGGUCCCGGCGCCGGAGCCUCGGAGCUUGCCGCCUCGGGGUCCCUAUCCAACGUGCUUUCGUCCGUGUACGGGGCACCCUACGCCGCGGCUGCAGCUGCAGCUGCCGCCGCCCAGGGUUACGGCGCCUUCCUGCCCUACGCUACGGAGCUGCCCAUCUUCCCACAGCUGGGCGCUCAGUAUGAGCUGAAGGACAGCCCUGGGGUCCAGCAUCCGGCCACGGCCGCCGCAUUCCCGCACCCGCACCCCGCCUUCUACCCCUAUGGCCAAUACCAGUUCGGGGACCCGUCCCGUCCCAAGAACGCCACCCGGGAAAGCACGAGCACGCUCAAGGCCUGGCUCAACGAACACCGCAAGAACCCGUACCCCACCAAGGGCGAGAAGAUCAUGCUGGCCAUCAUCACCAAGAUGACCCUCACCCAGGUGUCCACCUGGUUCGCCAACGCGCGCCGGCGCCUCAAGAAAGAGAACAAGAUGACGUGGGCGCCCCGUAGUCGCACCGACGAGGAGGGCAAUGCUUAUGGGAGCGAGCGGGAGGAGGAGGACGAAGAAGAAGAUGAGGAAGAGGGCAAAAGAGAGCUGGAGAUGGAGGAGGAGGAGCUCGCUGGGGAGGAGGAGGACACGGGGGGCGAGGGCCUGGCAGACGACGAGGAAGAUGAGGAGAUCGAUUUGGAAAACUUAGACAGCGCCGCAGCCGGGCCGGAACUGACCCUGGCUGGGGCAACGCACAGGAAUGGGGACUUCGGCCUAGGACCCAUUUCGGACUGCAAAAAUAGCGACUCAGACGAUAGCUCCGAAGGCUUGGAGGAGCGACCACUGUCGGUCCUGAGCCUGGCCCCAGCGCCACCGCCUGUGGCCAGGGCUCCUCCAUCUCCGCCCUCUCCACCCUCGGGCCUGGACCCCUGUGCUCCCGCACCAGCGCCCUCCUCCACCCUGCAGAAGCCCAAGAUCUGGUCACUGGCUGAGACAGCCACCAGCCCGGACAACCCACGUCGCUCGCCUCCCAGAACCGGAGGUUCUCCUCCCGGGGCAGCCGUCGCGCCCCCGACGCUGCAGCUCUCGCCCGCCGCUGCCGCUGCUGCAGCAGCGGCACACAGACUCGUCUCUGCGCCGCUUGGCAAAUUCCCCGCUUGGACCAACCGGCCUUUCCCAGGCCCGCCGCCCGGCCCGCGGCCGCACCCGUUGUCCAUGUUGGGCUCGGCCCCACAGCACCUGCUGGGACUUCCCGGAGCCGCAGGUCACCCGGCGGCUGCCGCCGCCGCCUAUGCUCGGCCUACGGAGCCGGAGAGUGGAACAGGUGACUACAGAAGUAUCGCUGUAGUGCCUUGGAAAUGGAGAAAAAGUUGCUCAAGACAGCUUUCCAGCCGGUGCCAAAGCGGCCCCAGAACCACUUGGAUGCUGCUCUGGUCUUAUCAGCUCUCUCCUCAUCUUAAUUCUUUGAACAAUUUUUAAAUCGUUGUACUAAUUGUAAAAAAACAAAUCGCUCUGUAUAGUUAUGACUUGCAAGCAUGUCUGUGUAUGAAUACCUAAAAAAGAAACACUAAACCAACCAACAAACACACACACACACACACAAAAAGAACGAAAGAAUAAAGCCGGUUCCCCUUGGCCCUCCCCAGGUCGCUUCUUACUGCCCCACAUUAGAUUGUGAGGUUCGUUUGUUCUGUUGAUUUCGGGGGUGGGCGGGGUGGAGUUGCAGAGAGGAUAAGCGUGUCUGAC